AUGGAAUCCGCGAACAGCAGUGUGGUAAAGGUGUUUGUCAUCAUGGGAUUCCCUGCUUCUCCACAGCUCCGCAUGCUGUUCUUCACCCUAAUCUUGGCUACUUACAUCCUCACUGUCACUGCCAAUGUGGUCAUCAUCUUAGUCAUUAAAGCAAACCGUGGUCUACAGCGCCCCAUGUACUACUUCCUUGGCAACUUCUCCUUCAUGGAGAUCUGGUACACUACUUCCACUGUGCCCAAGAUGCUGGAAAGCUUCAUGGUUGGUGGGAGUUCAAUCACUGUGGAAGGUUGCAUUACCCAGCUCUAUCUUUUCUUUGCCUUGGGCUCCACUGAGUGUUUCCUUCUGGCUACUAUGGCUUAUGACCGCUACCUGGCCAUCUGUCGCCCUCUUCAUUAUCCAUCCCUUAUGACCUUGCAAUUAACUACCUGGUUAGUGACAGCAGCCUGGGUGGGUGGAUUCCUUGCUCCUUUGCUUCCCAUUAUCCUCAUAUCCCGUCUCUCAUUCUGUGGGCCAAAGGAGAUCCACCACUUCUUUUGUGAUGCUGGGCCCCUAUUGAGGCGGUCAUGUGGCAAUGCCUUACUCAGCUCUACACUGGUCUCAGUGCUGGCCUCCCUUGUCAUUCUUAGCACCUGCUUGCUCACCAUGGUAUCCUAUAGCUUUAUCAUCUCAACCAUCCUCCGCAUUCCCUCAGCCAGUGGGAGGCAGAAGGCCUUCUCCACUUGUGGCUCCCACCUUACUGUGGUGGUGAUUUACUACGCAACAGUUAUCUUCAUAUAUGUGCGGCCCAUCUCCCCUUCCUCCUCUGAGCUGGACAAGGUGGCUUCAGUCUUUUAUGCAGUAGUCACACCUUUGCUCAAUCCAAUGAUUUAUAGCUUGAGGAAUAAGGAGGUGAAGGAAUCUCUGAAGAAGUUGGUGAGGAAGAACCGGGUACUGGUGAAGAACAUUGGAGCUUUGUUCAUGGUUUGUUCAUAA